GGUGCCUUCCAGGAGCGCCGGGAGAUGUAAAGACAGACAAGUUAUUUUUCCAAUGAGACUGCAGAAGAGAGGAGCUAAUUGACCAAUGAGGACAGCGGGGCGGGAGCCUUUGCCGCGGCGGAGUCCAAGAUGGCGGCGUGCGGUUCCGCUGUGUGAAACGAGCGCGGGGCGGCGGGUUAAUCAGCUCCGCGAAGACGACCUCCGACGACCCACAACAAUGAAAGGAAAAGAGCGCUCGCCAGUCAAGGCGAAACGCUCUCGUGGUGGUGAGGACUCGACUUCCCGUGGGGAACGGAGCAAGAAGUUAGGUGGCUCUGGUGGCAGCAAUGGGAGCAGCAGUGGAAAGACCGAGAGCGGCGGUGGGUCGCGGCGGAGUCUUCAUUUGGACAAGUCUAGUAGUCGAGGUGGCAGCCGCGAAUAUGACGCUGGUGGGGGCAGCUCCAGUAGCCGUUUGCAUAGUUAUAGCUCUCCAAGCACCAAAAAUUCCUCGGGCGGGGGCGAGUCGCGCAGUAGCUCCCGGGGUGGAGGCGGGGAGUCACGUUCCUCUGGGGCCGCCUCCUCAGCUCCUGGCGGCGGAGACGGCGGGGAAUACAAGACACUGAAGAUAAGCGAGUUGGGGUCCCAGCUGAGUGACGAAGCGGUGGAGGACGGACUGUUUCAUGAGUUCAAACGCUUUGGUGAUGUGAGUGUAAAAAUUAGUCAUCUCUCGGGUUCUGGCAGCGGGGACGAAAGGGUAGCCUUUGUGAACUUCCGGCGGCCAGAGGACGCGCGUGCGGCCAAGCAUGCCAGAGGCCGCCUUGUGCUCUAUGACCGGCCCUUGAAGAUAGAGGCUGUGUAUGUGAGCCGGCGCCGUAGCCGCUCCCCUUUAGACAAAGAUUCUUAUCCUCCAUCAGCCAGCGUGGUUGGGUCCUCUGUAGGUGGUCACCGGCACCCGCCUGGAGGUGGUGGAGGCCAGAGAUCACUUUCUCCUGGCGGUGCUGCCUUGGGAUACAGAGACUACCGUUUGCAGCAGUUGGCGCUUGGCCGCCUGCCUCCUCCACCUCCGCCACCAUUGCCCCGCGAGCUGGAGAGAGACCGAGACUAUUCGUUUUAUGAGAGAGUGCGCCCAGCAUACAGUCUUGAGCCAAGGGUAGGAGCUGGAGCCGGUGCUGCUCCUUUCCGUGAAGUGGAUGAGAUUUCACCUGAGGAUGAUCAGCGAGCUAACCGGACGCUUUUCUUGGGCAAUCUAGAUAUCACUGUGACAGAGAGUGAUCUAAGAAGGGCUUUUGAUCGAUUUGGAGUCAUCACAGAAGUAGACAUCAAACGCCCUUCUCGUGGUCAAACCAGUACCUAUGGCUUUCUCAAAUUUGAGAAUCUGGACAUGUCUCACCGAGCCAAACUAGCAAUGUCUGGCAAAAUUAUAAUCCGGAAUCCUAUCAAAAUUGGUUAUGGUAAAGCUACACCCACUACCCGCCUCUGGGUAGGUGGUCUGGGACCUUGGGUGCCUCUUGCUGCCCUGGCACGUGAGUUUGACCGAUUUGGCACCAUACGCACAAUAGACUACCGCAAAGGUGACAGUUGGGCAUAUAUCCAAUAUGAAAGCCUAGAUGCAGCUCAUGCUGCCUGGACCCAUAUGCGGGGUUUCCCACUUGGUGGCCCAGAUCGUCGCCUUAGAGUAGACUUUGCAGAUACAGAACAUCGUUACCAGCAGCAGUAUCUGCAGCCUUUGCCUCUGACUCAUUAUGAACUGGUGACAGACGCUUUUGGACAUCGGGCACCUGACCCUUUGAGGGGUGCUCGGGAUAGGACACCACCUUUACUCUACAGAGAUCGUGAUAGGGACCUUUAUCCUGACUCUGAUUGGGUGCCACCCCCACCUCCAGUCCGAGAACGCAGCACUCGAACUGCAGCUGCUGCUGUGCCUGCUUAUGAGCCACUAGAUAACCUGGAUCGCAGGCGGGAUGGCUGGUCCUUGGAUCGGGACAGAGGUGAGAGAGAUCUUCCUAGCAGCAGAGACCAGCCUAGGAAGCGAAGGCUGCCUGAAGAGAGUGGGGGACGGCACAUGGAUAGGUCCCCUGAGAGUGACCGUCCACGAAAACGUCACUGUGCUCCUUCUCCUGACCGCAGUCCAGAAUUGAGCAGUAGCCGAGAUCGCUACAAUAGUGACAAUGAUCGAUCUUCCCGUCUUCUUCUCUUGGAAAAGCCCUCUCCAGUCAGAGACAGACGAGGUAGUUUGGAGAAGAACCAAGGUGACAAGCGAGACCGUAAAAACUCUGCAUCAGCUGAACGAGAUAGAAAGCACCGAACAGCAGCUCCCACUGAGGGAAAAAGCCCUCUGAAAAAAGAAGACCGAUCUGAUGGGAGUGCACCUAGCACCAGCACUGCUUCGUUGAAGCUCAAGUCCCCUUCCCAGAAACAGGAUGGUGGGAUAGCUCCUGCAGCAGCAGCCUCUCCCAAACUCUGUUUGGCCUGGCAGGGCAUGCUUCUACUGAAGAAUAGCAACUUUCCUUCCAACAUGCAUCUGUUGCAGGGUGACCUCCAAGUAGCUAGUAGUCUUCUUGUAGAGGGCACAACUGGAGGCAAAGUGGCCCAGCUCAAGAUCACUCAGCGUCUCCGUUUGGACCAGCCCAAGUUGGAUGAAGUAACUCGACGCAUCAAAGUGGCAGGGCCCAAUGGUUAUGCCAUUCUUCUGGCUGUGCCUGGAAGUUCUGACAGCCGGUCCUCCUCCUCGGCCACAUCAGACACUGCCACCUCUACUCAGAGGCCACUUAGAAACCUUGUGUCCUAUUUAAAGCAAAAGCAGGCCGCUGGGGUGAUAAGCCUCCCUGUAGGGGGCAAUAAAGACAAGGAGAACACCGGGGUUCUUCAUGCCUUCCCACCCUGUGAGUUCUCCCAGCAGUUCCUGGAUUCCCCUGCCAAGGCACUGGCCAAAUCUGAAGAAGAUUACCUGGUCAUGAUCAUUGUCCGUGCAAAACUGGUGAACAGCGGAUGAAGAUACGGAAUUCAAAGCUCUAAUGGACCUUUUUUGAAGAGAAGUUGUGGCUUAUGUGGAGUUUACAUGGGCCUCUUGAUGGAAGACAGCUAAUCUGUUUAGUAUUUGUGCAUUUUACUAAAAUGACAGCUUAAAGUUGUGUAUCUGCUAUUGUGAUGCCAAUGCCGGUGUUUUAAGUGGAAAAAAAUGACCUCUUUGCUUUGUGCUGUGUACACAAGAUUUCUGGAAAAGUAAAGAAAAACCCUUUUUAUGGCUCACACAGCUUAAAAGUAGCUGUCACUCAAACGUGCGCUCACAGUUGAGCUGCUUUUGUUUUAUUCUAAAUAAAUUGUUUCUUUUGAGGAAAAUGUU